AUGGCCGAAGUGAAGCAGAUUCUCACAGGAUAUGUUGUGAAAGAGGGCAGUCAAGUGAAGAGUUGGAAAAAGCGGUGGUUUGUGUUCUCGACAAAUGGGAACAUGAGUUACUACACAAAUCGACAAGAAACCAGCAAAAAGGGGGAAGUUGAUAUGCGUCAAGCACUUCGUGUCAUUAAAGACAACACAAAAAAGUUACUCAUUGAAAUCACUUUUGAUAGUUCGCGCGUUCUACGAUUGAAAUUCGAUGAAGAGGCAGUCGAGGACAGAUGGUACAACGCAUUUUUGGAAUUCAUAGAUGACCAAAAGACUUUAUCUUCUGGGUUUUCGCGGUAUGAUGUUAUCAGCUCAUCAAGUUUUAACAUCGGCAAAGUUUUUAUUCAGACGGAAAAGGGGUCUAUUCAGUCUGCAGUAUUUAAAAAGAACAACAAACCCUUUGCACUUAAAACUCUUUUCAAAAAUUCUUUAAAUCAAACCGAAAUCGACUACAUCCAAUCAAUCCAUAAAAAUCUGAGGGAUGUCACUUGCCCGUAUGUCAUGAAGACACUCGCCACGUUCGAUGAAGACAACUUGUUUUUCGUGAUGAAUGAAUACCCGACACAGCGGGUCGGGGAUAUCAUGGACCACGCGAUCAUCCCACUCCCCAAAAUCAAAUUCUUUGCAACGGAGUUGUUGUUGGCAAUCAACGCUAUACACCACUGCCAAUACACUCAUAUGGAAAUCAAUCCAGAAACAGUUUAUUUGACAAGUGAAGGUCACGUCUUGUUGUCUGCGCCAAUUGGACUCAGAGUUUCAUACAAAUGUGGGUACAACUACUUUGCACCAGAAAUCCUCGAGAAAAAGGAAUUAGGAUUUGGUGUCGAUUACUGGAGUCUUGGGAUUUUGCUCUUUGCGAUGUGUUUUGGCGACGCGCCUUUCUACGACACGGCCCCGGCAAUGAUAUGCAAAAAGAUCAUCAGUGAGCAAAUCAACUUCCCGUAUAACUCAUUUCCCGAAGUCGAAAGUUUCAUCGCCGAAUUGCUCGUCAAAGACGCCGCAAAGAGAAACUGCGAUUUCGAAAUCCUCAAAACAAGACCUUUCUUUGCUGGGACAAACUUCGACAAGUUCCAAAACAAAGAAGUUGUUCCACAAUAA